CGUGCGUGGCACGUGGUGGUGUUCACUGGGGCGGCGAGGCUGCGCGUGACUGCACGGUGCUGGGCUGGGCGCUGGGCUGUGUGCUGGGCUGGGCGCUGGGCUGUGGGCUGGGCUGUGGGCUGGGCUGUAGAAUGGGCAAGCCGAAAAGCAAAGCGCCUCGAAAUAGGCAGACGAAGCUGUACCUGACGUUCAACGAUGAAGAGCGAACGACGUAUCUAACAGGAUUCCACAAACGGAAGGUGGAGCGGAAGAGGAAGGCAAAAGAGGAGCUCGUACAGCAGAUGAAGGAAGAGCAAAAGCGCCUUAAAGACGAGAGGAGGCAGCAGUUCAUGGAUCUAAUGAGAGAAAGAAGGAAAGCUCAGGGCAUAGUGAACGACUUGGACGAAUUGGACCUGGUGACGACAAGCAAAACGGAGAGCGUUCAGUACCACCACCCCAACCACACGGUCACGGUGACUACCAUCAGCGACCUGGACCUGUGUCACCCAGAGGGCCUCAAACUGGGCACCAACACGUUUGCAAAGGCCGAUGAUGACGACGACGACGACGACAAGCAGCAGCAAGGGAAAGAGGGAGAGGACGAGGCGAGGGGAGAAGGUGGAGAGCCGAAAGACAUCCCACUGCCAAACAAGAAGCAGUGUCUCACGUCCAAGAGGCUCUCCUCGCUGAUGUCGUCGCUCGAUCCGAAGAAGAACAAAUCUGGCAAAAAGUGGAAAAGAGGAGCCAAGAGCUCCAAGAAAAGCAAGCGACCGGCGCAGGGGGGAAGGACGACAAAAACCCAGCGCCGGCAGAGAACCGGCGCCCGUGAAAAGAAGGGAGGUUUCUCAGGUUGAAUGGCUCAUCGGUGUUUGUGCAAGGAUGUUCAGUUCAUAAACAGUGGCCGUGCGACAGGGUCAUACACUGCAGACUACUGAGGCGGCAUUGGACGAACCUACGUUUUGGCUCCAAUCGAAGGAUCUUCCUGAAUACACUAGGUUUUUUUUUCUUACUCACAUUGGAUUUAAGUGCCUAGCCAACAAUGUCAACCCAGACGGUGUCUUCGUGGGAGAACCUCAAGUGAUAUUUUCACAGCGUGAACCUGAUGCGCACGCUCUUCAUUUAACAACACAAACGAUUGAUAUUAAAUUAUGCGAAGCAAAGACGAGUCGCCUUUCAUGUCUAAUUAAAGCAGCCCUACAAAGAUAGAGAGGUAUGCCUACUGGGCAGUUUUUUUGUUAAUUGCUAACACAGAGACUGAUCAUUUGCUCAGGCAUCAGAUGCACGGUUCACCGCAAUGUCACCAUGGGUGAACAAAUGUGUGUGUAACUUGUGACAGCCCAUUCGUCGUAAUGAAUGUGUUAAUGUGGGCUGUGCAAAUGAUGACUGAACCUGCUAAAACACCAAUCCAAUUAGCAUGGGCAGUGUAAUAAAAUACUCGUUAAACACGAUUGUGCGGUCUGAGGUCAUUUGCUCAGCACAUACCCCGAAUAGAAAUUGGAAUGUUCCGCUGUGCGCCCCACUAUUCAAUAAGCCAAACAUCCAUAUGCCUUGUGGAAUAUCCCACUUCAUUCGGCGAGGGGUGGGUUUAAAUUGCAAUGAAAUUAACAAAACAGAGAUUGUCAUUGUUACCCCUGAACACAAAUUCUAAAAGCGUUGCUUCCCAAAGCGGUGUUAUACAAAUAACUAUUGCAUGUGACAUUGAAAAUCUAAAUCUGCCUAUGGCUGAUGCUGAUAUUGAGAAACAACUAUAAUUUUACAUUGAUGCGGCUGGGCCAGAAAAUUGUCAAGUGCUGUUGAGUAACCCGAAGCCACAUCCGCACCAACCGUGGUAGAUGUGGAUGCUUGAUACACAAAUGGAGGAUUGAAAAAAUAAAAAUGCAUUUUUA